AUGUACACCUGUACACCCGUAGAGGGCAGCUCCACACCAGAAGAUCUCAUUCUCGAUGGUCAUGAGCCUCCAUCCACACUUCUGCGGCUCAGUGUCCUCACCAGAGAACUUGUGUCGACCCCAAGCACAGAGGGUGGCAAGAAAUCAAAUACCAUACCGUUGACAUUUCCAAAGUGUGAGCGAGAGGACAAGUGCUGCCAGCUCAAAACAGAAAGGGUUGCUCGGGAUGCCCGGCCCCUGCCCCUUCGGCUGGCAGCCCUCUCGGUGCUGAUCCGUACCCAGUGGGCAGCGCAAGGAGCUGCACCAACUGGUCAGUGUAGGGCUGCUUCUGCUGUGGGGCUCAGCCACCUGGGCAGCCCGCCAGGCGGCGGGCCAAAAUCUGGAGGUGCCGGGGGCCAAAGUUCCCGUUGGGUGCCUUGGUCACCCGCUGCCCCGGGCGGGCCAGUGAAUGACAGGAGUCAUGUGUUGGUGGAGGAGGGGCGGGGCUGCAUAGGGCAGGGUCAGGACUCUGGCGGAGCAUCCCUGGAAGAACAUGCCAGCUGCCUGGUUGGCCUUCCGGAAAGCAGGCUUCUCACACUUGUGGACAACAAUCUGCUGAAGAAGACAACUCUAAGAAAGCAAUUCGAAAAGACAAGCAAGAGCAAGCAGAAGACUCCUGGCAAUGGAGAUGGUGGCAGCAGCAGCAAAAUGCCCCAGCCCCCACGGAAGAAAAGGGCACGAGCUGUUGCCACUGUGGAGAGUGAGGAGGCGUUGAAGAAGAGAGUGGAUGUGGAAGUGGAAGUGAAGAUUCCUGAAGAAUUAAAACCAUGGCUGGUGGAGGACUGGGACUUGGUCACUAGGCAGAAGCAGUUGUUCCAACUCCCUGCUAAAGAGAAUGUAGAUGCCAUUCUUGAGGAGUAUGCCAAUUGUACGAAGUCACACGGAAGGGCUGAUAAUAAGGAGUAUGCAGUUGAUGAAGUUGUGGGGGGGAUAAAAAAGUAUUUCAAUGUGAUGCUGGGCACUCAGCUGCUCUACGAGUUUGAAAGGCCCCAGUAUGCUGAGAUCCUGCUGGCUCACCCUGAUGUGCCAGUGUCACACAUCUAUGGGGCACCACACCUACUGAGAUUAUUUGUGAGAAUCGGCGCCAUGUUGGCCUAUAAGCCCCUUGGUGAGAAGAGGGCAGUGUUGGCCAAUACACCCUUCGAUGAGCAUAGCCUUCCAUUAGUGCUGGGCUAUUUGCAUGAUUUCCUUAAGUAUCUGGCAAAGAAUUCUGCUUCGCUGUUUACUGCCAGUGAUUACAAAGUGGCUUCUGCUGAGUAUCACCUCAAAGCCCUGUGA